GAGGGGAGCCGACGGGAGGAAGGAGCAGAGAGGAGAGGGGACAGAGAUCCCCCUAGUAAAUGUGACCGUGUUGUGAACUCUUCACCUGGUGCCCCUUCUUAAGCGAUAGUCUCAAAACUCAGACUUGUAGCAACAUGGGGCUCUCACCUAUCCAAAAGAUCACUGUGUGGAUAGCACGCGGAAGGACUGGUAGUUCAGAAGGAGGAGGGAACUGCGAUAGCACCCAGGCGGGGCCAACUGUCCCUGAACGGUAUUUUUCUUCCUCUCAGCUGCUAAGUUUCUAUCUUCCUGUGGCUGGAACAGUGUCUAGGUUCCGAGAUGUGUACUGCAGAGACUACAGAGACUGCAGAGGCUUCUGUGGGCAUGCUCAGUACCACAGACCGACUGAAGGAGGGUAAAAACCUCCAAGGAAAAUGUCUCAGGAUCAUCUCCCCAGAGUCCCCUGCUAAGCUCUACUGCUGCUAUACAGUGAUCGCCUUGCUCACUGCAGCUGUAAUUGCACUGUCGGUUGCAUUGUCAGUAAAGAAAGAACAGGUCUCAAUCAAAAAUACCUAUGCUGUUUGCCCAAGAGAUUGGAUUGGAUUUGGGAGUAAAUGUUUUUAUUUUUCUGAAAAUACAAAUAAUUGGACAUUCAGCCAGACCUUCUGCAUGGAACGGGAGGCCCAGCUAGCUCGAUUUGACAGCCUGGAGGAGCUGAAUUUCCUGAUGAGAUACAAAGGGACUUUUGACUACUGGAUUGGCCUGCGCAGGAACUCACCAGAGCCCCCUUGGAGAUGGACAGACAACACUGAAUAUAACAGCUUGGUUCCCGUCCGAGGAGUGGAAGAACAUGCUUACCUGAACAACAAUGGCAUCAGCAGUGCCCGGGUCUAUGCAGACAGGAGAUGGAUCUGUAGCAAGCCCAACAGCUAUACACUUCAGUGCCGAAUCCCUUUUUCUUCUUUCUAGUCUUUCCUAAGAGAUGCUUAGUAACCUGGUAUCUACAGUUGCUACUCUGUCACCUAUUUGCCAACAUUGUUAUCAAAAGGAACUGUUAAUAUUUCUCCGCAUCACAAAUGAAACCCAUCUUGGAGAACUGUACACACAGGAGUUUAGAAGAACAUAGAUGAGUCUAAAAUAGGUGUUGACACUCAUAUCUUAAGCCUAAAGUACAAUUAAUGUUAGUGAACCCCACUUUUAUGAUAUGAAGUUUUUGUGUAGACCGUCCACCUUUUGAAUUUAUUUGUUUAUUUAUUUUAGAUAUAUCAUUUUAUUUUACUUUUUUUUCAUUUUACAUAUCAACCACAGUUCCCCCUCCCUCCCCUCCUGCUUCCCCUCCACCUCCCCCACGCCACCCCCCAUCAGCUCCUUAGAGAAAGUAAGGCAUGGAGCAUCCACAAGGUCUGGCACAUCAAGUUGAGGCAGGGCCAAGCUCCUCCCCUCUGCAUCAAGGCUGAAUGAGGUAUCCCAAUCUUAGUGGGUAGGCUCCAAAAAGCCAGUUCAUGCAUCAGGUAUAAACCUUUUCCCACUGACAGGGGCCCACAGACAGAGCCAGCCACACAAAUGUCAGGCCACCAAAAUGAGUUCCCCAAAGUGCACUUGCCCUUGGAAUUUCAUAAUGAAAAGCAUCAGGAAGUGGUGGCAUAUGCCUUUAGUCCCAGCACUGAGGAAGCAAAGGCAAGUAGAUCUCUGUGAGUUCGAGGCCAGCUUGGUCUACAAAGUGAGUUCUAGGACAGCCAAGGCUACACAGAGACACCCUGUUUUGGAAAAAAGAAAAGAAAAGCAGAAUGGCCGGCUGGUGUUGUGACACACACCUGUAAUCCCAGCUACUUAUGGGUUGAAAAAGGAGGGUCACAGAUUCACAAGUGAGGACUGAAAGUAUGGGAAUGCUUUAACAAUGAUAGGGAAGAUGAGAAUCCAUUUGCAGCAUCCCAUAAUUUGGGGGAGGAGGGGAACAACACACAAUACAUUCUUUUCAAAAUUCAUUCCAACAUACAGAAGAAUUUAAAAAGUAUUUAAAACUAAUAUUUACUUUAUACUCUGCAAUUUAAAACAAUAGAGAUAUUGUCAAAAUGUUUCUCAACUUUAGCUUUCAAUUAUACAGUUUUAAGUACAUCUUGUAAACAAAUGCCAUUUUUAGUUUCCCCAUUUGAUUGGAUUUACUUCACAUCAAAUGGCAGUUAGUUAAACUCAUCCAGCAUUCAAUAAUUAAUCUCUUGAUAGUGUGCAUAUUAUUGGGCCCUAAAAACAACAUAUUCAAAGUCUUUAUAGAGUAGCUACACUGUACUGAUGAGUCCCAAAAAGGAUGAAAUACCAGGUUACAUAGCAUCUCUUGAUCUCUUCAUCCCUUCCUCUCCCUCUUGUUCUGUUCAAAAAACACUUUUAUAUCUAUUUCUUUCAUGUAUAUUUAUUUAUAUGUGUGUGUGUGUAUGUAUACAUGCACACUGCCAGAGCUGGCAGAGAGUUAUAGACUGAUGUGAGUGGGCACAUAGGUACUGGGAAUGAAACCCAGGUCUUCUGCAAAAACAACAAGUGCUCUUAACUGCUGAGCCAUCUCUCCAGCCUUCUCUUCUUCCUCCAUUUUUUUUUUAUUGACGCUUCUUGGUAAGCUUUGCAAAUGUAGCAUGUAUCUCCUAAACUCUUUGUGUAGACCAGUCUUACCUCAAACUCACAGAGAUCCGCCUGCCUCUGCCUUUCAAGUGCUGAGAUUAAAGGUGUGUGCUACCA